ACUACACUUCAUCCCUAGGAAACAUCGUAAAUUGCUGCUGUAGAUGGGCUUCACGAUCGAUGUCUUUCGGAAACUAGGUACUUAGCCUACUGCAAUACGGUUUCAGGGCUCCAACUGGGAGCUUCAUCAGGCAAUACCCGAACCAACCGGACAAUGAUGAAACCCACAGCGACGUCCCAAAUUCAAUUCCAUUUUCCCCAUCGCCGAGCUAGGUAGAGAUCCGAUCGUACGGUUGAUCCAACGGGAGGGCCAUGGGCGAAUGUUGCAGCCACGAAUCUGAAUUCAGCAUAGCAAGCGAGCCACACCCUCGAACCCGUGCUCCUCCGCCCAAUCUUCCCUCGAUGCCACGCCUCUGCUCAUCGCUUUUCCGUCUACCGUCUAAGCUCCGUCGGCGGGCGCGACGCCGCAGAAUGACGACGCUCCUCUCGCUCCUUACCAUCAUUACGCUGCUUAUCGUGCCGUUUUACGUCAUCUACAAGCCACCACAAGCGUUGAUCGCAUACUUCGCGCGCCGCUGGCCGGACGUACUAUGGGAGGUGCCCACGGAUAAGAAGGUGGUGGCGCUCACGAUCGAUGACGCACCGUCUCAGUACACGGAGGAGAUUCUCGAGGUUUUGAACAGUCAUCAGGUUACAGCGACAUUCUUCGUCAUUGGGGGCCAGGUCGCUGGCCGUGAGGAUAUCCUCGCCGACAUUGUGCGUAGCGGCAGCGAGCUUGGCAACCACGCUAUGCACGACGAACCCUCGCGGUCACUCUCGGACGAAGAGCUUGAGAGCCAGAUCAAGAUGGUCCGUGAAAAUAUACGUAUGGCCUACAAGACGGGUGAGGCCCCCAUGCCGCCCCAAUACUUCCGCCCUGGGUCGGGAUUCUUCAGUGAUCGCAUGAGGAAGCUCGUGGCCAAGAUGGGGUACAGGCUCGUGCUGGGUAGCGUAUACCCUCAUGAUCCACAGAUUCACUGGUCCUGGAUCAAUGGCAGGCAUAUAUUAAGCAUGGUUAGACCAGGUGCCAUCAUAAUAUGCCACGACCGGAGAAGCUGGACUGCGCCGAUGUUGCGCAAAGUUCUCAGAGAGCUGAAGCGUGAUGGAUAUCGGGUGAUGAGCUUGACCCAAAUGCUCAAAGAGACUGAAGAAUGAUAUCAUCUCUCGCGGCAAUGAAAGUAUUACAGCAUUAUGAAUAUUCCACGAAGAUACCCUUAAUUCUGUGACGGACGGUUGACCACUCGUCCACGGGUCUUUCUUCUCGUAUAAAGGUUACGUAUACAUAAUAGACUGGCUGAGAAUCAAGCAUUUGAGGCCAAACUGGGUAUGUCUAAUAUAGCACAUAUAUGCCCUCUGCUUGUAUUGGCAGGCAGUUUGGGGUGUGAGUUGUUUGUAUAUAUACAUAUGACCCUAAUACUGUAUGGGCUUCUGUUUACUACGUAGUCUAUACUAAUAUCAGUGUUCGUUGUACUAUGGGAUGGAUCGAUAGGAAGACCUAUGCAUAAGUAGGUAUAUCACCACUCGCAUCUGUCUAAGCGCCUGUUUCGAUGCUUGAUACAUUUAGGCAAACAUCUUCCUACACUAGUUCACCGAAUAUGAUUGAUUGAUUGAUCCAUCGAUCGUAUACCUAUGGUAGGUACUUAUCCAAUGGCCAAGAUGCCAAAUCGAAUAAACGCGC